AUGGCUUCACUACGCGCAUUUACUCGCCUGGCUACGCGACGGACAGCCGUGCGGCCCGCUGCCUUCACCCGCGGUUUCGCCUCCGUGAGCGAUGUCCACGCCCGCGAGCCCAUUUCCAAGACAGCCGAAGCGAUUGUACCAGAUGCAGCCCGCAAACCCGUCCCGGAGACCAAGACGUCGACACAGGGCGAGCCUGAGCUGGAGAAGGGCGCCAAGGUCAAGACAUUCCACAUCUACCGAUGGAACCCCGACGAGCCAACCUCCAAGCCCAAGAUGCAGUCGUACGAGCUCGACCUCAACAAGACCGGACCCAUGAUGCUCGACGCAUUGAUCAGGAUCAAGAACGAGGUCGACCCGACUUUGACAUUCAGGCGGAGUUGCCGAGAGGGAAUUUGCGGAAGUUGUGCCAUGAAUAUUGACGGUGUCAACACACUGGCAUGUCUUUGCCGCAUUCCCACAGACACUGCCAAGGAGACUCGCAUUUACCCACUCCCGCACAUGUACGUCGUCAAGGACCUUGUCCCUGACAUGACGCUCUUCUACAAGCAGUACCGCUCCGUCAAGCCCUACCUGCAGCGCACAACACCUGCGCCAGACGGCCGCGAAUACCGCCAAACAAAGGAAGACCGCAAGAAGCUCGACGGCCUCUACGAAUGCAUUCUCUGCGCCUGCUGCUCCACUUCCUGCCCAUCGUACUGGUGGAACCAGGAGGAGUACCUCGGCCCCGCCGUCCUGCUCCAAUCGUACCGCUGGAUCGCCGACUCGCGUGACGAGAAGCUGGCCGAGCGACAGGAUGCGCUUAACAACAGCAUGAGCUUGUACCGUUGCCACACCAUUCUCAACUGCUCGCGGACAUGCCCCAAGGGACUGAACCCCGCGUUGGCGAUUGCCGAGAUCAAGAAGAGCAUGGCUUUCACUUAGAUUUGAUGCGGAAGAGGAAGGAUGAAAGAUGAAAGAAAAGGAAGGAAUUGCAUGAACGGGUACUUUUUUCUAUGUACAUAAGUGCGUUUCGGCACUUCUGGUCGACUUUGUAUUUUUGAGUGUGUAAGCGAAUACAUUACAGUAAACUCA